AUGGGGAUCCUGAGGCGGGAGAGACCGAAAGUCCUGGAGCGUCAGGGUGGCAGCCAAGGCGGUGGGCCCAGGGCCUUCUGGACCUUCGCCCGUGACCCGCUGCGCCUGCCCCAUGUGCCUCCCAGAGGCCGGGCUCCAGAUGACGUGGCCCCCUAUUUCAAGACGGAGCCGGUGCGGACGCAGGUGCACCUGGAGGGGAACCGCCUGGUGCUCACGUGCAUGGCCGAGGGCAGCUGGCCGCUGGAGUUCAAGUGGCUGCACAACGACCGAGAGCUGACCAAGUUCUCCCUGGAGUACAGGUACAUGAUCACCAGCCUGGACCGCACCCACGCCGGCUUCUACCGCUGCAUCGUGCGUAACCGGAUGGGCGCUCUCCUGCAGCGACAGACGGAGGUCCAGGUGGCCUACAUGGGCAGCUUCGAGGAAGGCGAGAAACACCAGAGCGUCUCCCACGGAGAGGCCGCCGUCAUCCGCGCCCCGCGCAUCUCCAGCUUUCCGCGGCCACAGGUGACCUGGUUUCGGGACGGCCGUAAGAUCCCGCCCAGCAGCCGCAUAGCCAUCACCCUGGAGAACACCCUUGUCAUCCUGUCGACUGUGGCACCCGACGCAGGUCGCUACUACGUGCAGGCUGUUAACGACAAGAACGGGGACAACAAGACCAGCCAGCCCAUCACUCUCGCUGUGGAGAAUGUCGGCGGCCCUGCCGACCCCAUCGCUCCAGCCAUCAUCAUUCCUCCCAAGAACACCAGCGUGGUGGCCGGGACCUCGGAGGUGACCAUGGAGUGUGUGGCCAAUGCCAGGCCUCUGAUCAAGCUUCACAUCAUUUGGAAGAAGGACGGGGCGCUCCUGUCCAGCGGCAUCAGCGACUACAACCGCCGGCUCACCAUCCCCAACCCCACGGCCAGCGACGCCGGCUACUACGAGUGUGAGGCCGUCCUGCGCAGCAGCAGCGUCCCCUCCGUCGUCCGCGGCGCCUACCUCUCUGUGCUGGAGCCACCUCAGUUUGUCAAGGAGCCGGAGAGACACAUCACAGCGGAGAUGGAGAAGGUGGUGGACAUCCCCUGUCGGGCCAAAGGCGUGCCGCCGCCCUCCGUCACCUGGUACAAGGAUGCGGCCGUGGUGGAGGCGGCGAGGCUGGGCCGCUUCCGGCAGCGAGGUGACGGGAGCCUGCAGAUCAGUGGGCUGGUGCCCGACGACACCGGGAUGUUCCAGUGCUUUGCCCGCAACGCGGCCGGCGAGGCGCAGACCUCCACCUACCUGGCCGUCACCAGCAUCGCCCCCAACAUCACCAGGGGCCCCCUGGACAGCACGGUGAUUGAUGGCAUGUCAGUGGUGCUGGCCUGUGAGACUUCGGGAGCACCCCGCCCGGCCAUCACUUGGCAAAAAGGGGAGCGCAUUCUGGCCAGUGGCUCGGUCCAGCUGCCGCGCUUCACGCUCCUGGAGUCGGGCAGCCUGCUCGUCAGCCCCACGCACAUCUCCGAUGCCGGCACCUACACCUGUCUGGCCACCAACUCGCGGGGGGCAGACGAAGCCUCGGCCGACCUGGUGGUGUGGGCCCGGACCCGCAUCACCAGGCCCCCGCAGGACCAGAGCGUCAUCAAGGGCACCCAGGCCUCCAUGGUGUGCGGAGUGACCCACGACCCCCGCGUGACCAUCAGUUCUAUGCGCAACGUCACCGCUGGAGCCCCUCGCAGGGAGCUGGCCGGCGGGCAGCGAGGGCCGCCCCGGGAGUCACGGCCCCGCCGCCUGGGACCCAAGUGCGUCCUGGGGCGCCACCUGGUGGCCACUGGGCAUAUGGCCGUAGGGCCGCGCCAGGUGGGACCCCAGGAAGCCAAGGGUGUGAUGGUGGGUGCCCCCGCCCGGCUCUGGAGCCCCCGGCUGCAGACCAGCCCUGGGCUGGGCCCCCUCGCCCCCGCAGCCCCAGCCNAGGCUUGGCAGCUGCCUCACGCCCCCGAGCACCCCGUGGCGACCCUCAGUACCUCGGAGAGGAGGGCCAUCAACCUGACGUGGGGCAAGCCCUUCGACGGCAACAGCCCGCUGAUCCGCUACGUCCUGGAGAUGUCGGAGAACAAUGCCCCCUGGACGGUGCUCCUGGCCAGCGUGGACCCUGAAGCUACUUCCGUGAUGGUCAAGGGCUUGGUCCCCGCACGGUCCUACCAGUUCCGUCUUUGCGCUGUCAACGAUGUGGGGAAGGGACAGUUCAGCAAGGACACGGAGAGGGUCUCCCUUCCUGAAGAGCCCCCCACAGCCCCUCCACAGAACGUCAUCGCCAGUGGCCGGACCAACCAGUCCAUCAUGAUCCAGUGGCAGCCGCCUCCUGAGAGCCAUCAGAAUGGCAUCCUCAAGGGCUACGUCAUCAGGUACUGCCUGGCCGGGCUGCCUGUCGGGUACCAGUAUAAGAACAUCACGGAUGCCGAUGUCAACAACCUGCUGCUCGAGGACCUCAUCAUCUGGACCAACUACGAGAUCGAGGUGGCCGCCUACAACAGCGCCGGGCUGGGCGUCUACAGCAGCAAGGUCACCGAGUGGACGCUGCAAGGAGUCCCCACAGUCCCUCCGGGCAACGUGCAUGCCGAAGCCACCAACUCCACGACCAUCCGCUUCACCUGGAAUGCCCCCAGCCCCCAGUUCAUCAACGGCAUCAACCAGGGCUACAAGCUCGUCGCCUGGGAGCCGGAGCAGGAAGAGGAGGUUACCAUGGUGACCGCCCGGCCCAACUUUCAGGACAGCAUUCACGUGGGCUUCGUGUCCGGCCUGAAGAAGUUCACGGAGUACUUCACCUCGGUGCUGUGCUUCACCACCCCUGGGGACGGGCCCCGCAGCACCCCGCAGCUGGUGCGCACCCAUGAGGAUGUGCCUGGGCCUGUGGGACACCUGAGUUUCAGUGACGUCCUGGACACCUCGCUGAAGGUCAGCUGGCAGGAGCCAGGGGAGAGGAACGGAAUCCUCACAGGCUACCGGAUCUCCUGGGAAGAGUACAACCGCACCAACACGCGCGUGACCCACUACUUGCCCAACGUGACCCUGGAGUACCGCGUGACCGGGCUCACCGCACUCACCACCUACACCAUCGAGGUGGCCGCCAUGACCGCCAAGGGGCAGGGCCAGGUGUCGGCCUCCACCAUCUCCUCGGGGGUGCCUCCAGAACUCCCCGGAGCCCCAACUAACCUGGGCAUUUCCAACAUCGGCCCGCGCUCCGUGACCUUGCAGUUCAAGCCAGGCUACGAUGGGAAGACCUCCAUCUCCCGCUGGCUGGUGGAGGCCCAGGUGGGUGUGGUCGGGGAGGGAGAGGAGUGGCAGCUGAUCCACCAGCUCCCCAACGAGCCCGACGCCCGCUCCAUGGAGGUGCCCGACCUCAACCCCUUCACUUACUACAGCUUCCGCAUGCGCCAGGUGAACAUCGUGGGCACCAGCCCACCCAGCCAGCCUUCUAGAAAGAUCCAGACCCUCCAGGCACCCCCUGACAUGGCCCCAGCCAACGUGACCCUGCGCACGGCCAGUGAGACCAGCCUGUGGCUCCGCUGGAUGCCUCUCCCGGAGAUGGCAUACAACGGGAACCCCGAGUCGGUGGGCUACAAGAUCAAGUACAGCCGGGCAGACGGCCACGGCAGGACGCUGAGCCACCUGGUCCACGACCGCGUGGAGCGCGAGUACACCAUUGAAGACCUGGAGGAGUGGACGGAGUACCGCGUGCAGGUGCAGGCCUUCAACGCCAUCGGGAGCGGGCCCUGGAGCCAGGCGGUGAUGGGCCGGACCCGGGAGUCAGUUCCUUCCUCCGGCCCCACCAACGUGUCUGCGCUGGCCACCACCUCCAGCAGCAUGCUGGUGCGCUGGAGCGAGGUCCCCGAGGCCGACCGCAACGGGCUCGUGCUGGGCUACAAGGUGCUAUACAAGGAGAAGGACUCGGACGCCCCGCCCCGGUUCUGGCUGGUGGAGGGGAACUCUUCCCGCAGCGCCCAGCUCACAGGCCUGGGCAAGUACGUGCUCUACGAGAUCCAGGUGCUGGCCUUCACGCGCAUCGGCGACGGGGGCCCCAGCCACCCUCCCAUCCUGGAGCGGACCCUGGACGACGUCCCGGGACCGCCCGUGGGCAUCCUGUUCCCAGAGGUGCGGACCACAUCCGUGCGGCUGGUCUGGCAGCCCCCCGCUGCCCCCAACGGCAUCAUUCUUGCGUACCAGAUCACGCACCGGCUCAACGCCACCUCGGCCAACGCUGCUGCCGUGGAGGUGCUCGCGCCCAGCGCCCGCCAGUUCACGGCCACCGGCCUGAAGCCAGAGUCUGUCUACCUGUUCCGCAUCACGGCCCAGACCCGCAAGGGCUGGGGAGAGGCCGCCGAGGCCUUGGUGGUGACCACCGAGAAGAGAGACCGCCCGCAGCCCCCCAGCAAGCCGGUGGUUCAGCAGGAGGACGUGAAGGCUCGCAGUGUGCUGCUGUCCUGGGAGCCGGGCAGCGACGGGCUGUCCCCCGUACGGUACUACACGGUCCAGACCCGCGAGCUGCCCAGCGGCCGAUGGGCGCUGCACUCGGCCUCUGUGAGCCACAACGCCUCCACCUUCGUCGUGGACCGGCUCAAGCCGUUCACGUCCUACAAGUUCCGCGUGAAGGCGACCAACGACAUCGGAGACAGCGAGUUCAGCGAGGAGUCGGAGCCCCUGACCACCCUGCAGGCCGCCCCCGAUGAAGCGCCCACCAUCGUGUCGGUGACACCCCACACCACCACCUCGGUGCUGAUCCGAUGGCAGCCGCCAUCGGAGGACAAGAUCAACGGAAUCCUCCUGGGCUUCCGGAUCCGGUACCGGGAGCUGCUCUACGACGGACUGAGGGGCUUCACGCUGCGCGGCAUCAACAACCCAGGGGCCAAGUGGGCGGAGCUCACCUACCUGAACAAGCACCGGCGCUACGAGAUCCGCAUGAGCGUGUACAACGCGGUGGGCGAGGGGCCCUCCAGCCCCCCGCACGAGGUCUUUGUCGGGGAGGCAGUGCCCACGGCAGCGCCCCGCAACGUGGCCGUCCAUGGCCCCACGGCCACACAGCUGGACGUGACGUGGGAGCCGCCCCCGCUGGAGAGCCAGAAUGGGGACAUCCAAGGCUACAAGACACCUGGCCACCACCGGCCCGUACGGCAGCUUGGCCGUGUGCCACCUGCUGGGGUGCUUGAGGCUCAGGCCCUUGGGCUGCUUUGCACAAAUGUCAUUGAAUCGUCACCUAACAGAAGUCUGCUGGAUUCAGCACACGCGGGGGCCCUCACGCCCCUGCUGGUUCCUCGGAACCAAACCCAGGGCUUAACUUCCAGAAGGGAGAAAACAAAGCCCCUCUGCUCUCUCCCUCCAGCCCCCAGCGCUCCCAGCUCCGUCAGGUUCAGCGAGCUGACCACCACCUCCGUGAACGUGUCCUGGGGGGCCCCGGAGUUCCCCAACGGCGUCCUGGAGGGCUACCGGCUGGUGUACGAGCCCUGCACCCCUGUGGAUGGGGUCAGUAAGAUCGUGACGGUGGACGUGAAGGGCAGCAGCCCCCUGUGGCUAAAGGUGAAGGACCUGGCAGAGGGGAUGACCUACAGGUUCCGCAUCAGAGCCAAGACCUUCACUUACGGGCCCGAGAUUGAAGCCAACGUCACCACGGGUCCUGGAGAAGGUGCCCCCGGCCCACCCGGAGUGCCCAUCAUCGUGCGGUACAGCUCGGCCAUUGCCAUUCACUGGUCCAGUGGAGACCCCGGCAAAGGGCCCAUCACCCGCUAUGUCCUCGAGGCCCGGCCUUCAGAUGAGGGGCUCUGGGACAUUCUGAUCAAAGACAUCCCCAAGGAGGUCACGUCCUACACGUUCAGCAUGGACAUCCUCAAGCCAGGCGUGAGCUAUGACUUCCGGGUCAUCGCAGUCAAUGACUACGGUUUUGGGACCCCCAGCAGCCCCUCCCAGUCUGUGCCAGCCCAGAAAGCCAACCCCUUCUAUGAGGAGUGGUGGUUCUUGGUGGUCAUCGCCCUCGUUGGCCUCAUCUUCAUCCUGCUUCUCGUCUUCGUGCUCAUCAUCCGAGGCCAGAGCAAGAAGUACGCCAAGAAGACAGACGCAGGCAGCAGUGCCAAGUCUGGUGCCCUGGGCCAUGGGGAGAUGAUGAGCUUGGAUGAGAGCAGUUUUCCUGCUCUGGAACUCAACAACCGACGGCUGUCUGUCAAGAACUCCUUCUGCCGAAAGAACGGCCUGUAUACCAGGUCUCCCCCUCGGCCCAGCCCGGGCAGCCUUCACUACUCCGACGAGGAUGUCACCAAGUACAACGACCUCGUCCCGGCCGAGAGCAGCAGCCUGACGGAAAAGCCCUCCGAAAUGUCCGACUCUCAGGGAAGCGACAGCGAGUACGAGGUUGACGCGAGCCACCAGAAGACCCACUCUUUCGUCAACCACUACAUCAGCGACCCCACCUAUUACAACUCCUGGCGCCGCCAGCAGAAGGGCAUCUCUCGGGCCCAGGCCUACAGCUACACGGAGAGCGACCCGGGCGAGCCGGACCACGCCACUCUCUCCAACAGCAGCAGCGCCCAGCAGGGCAGCCUCUUCCGGCCCAAGGCCAGUCGGACCCCAACGCCCCAGAACCCUCCGAACCCCCCGAGCCAGCAGAGCACGCUCUACCGCCCCCCCAGCAGCCUCGCCCCCGGCUCCCGGGCCCCCAUCGCAGGGUUCUCCUCGUUCGUCUGAUGCCGUCGGCGGAAGAGGAAAAAGAAGACACAGCGCCCAGCUCCUCUCCACCCUUCCCCGCACCGCCUGCCAGAAAACAAAAACACCAAGAAACCAAGUCAACUUUUCACCUCCUGAGUUUAUUUUUCCAGAGAUUCCAGGGCCAGCAAAGCCGGUGUGGAGAAGCAUGGAGAAAAACCGCGAGGGGACGUGUGUGGCUUCGAGAUUGUGGGGUUUGCUGCUGCUUCAAGGGGCUGGGCGAGGGGGGGCGGCUGCGGUGGACACCAGUGGGUUUAGGCCGAUGGAGACAGACGGAGGGAAGGAGGGAGGGAAGGCAAGGACUGGAGGGCUGUCAGGUGGGCGUGGCCG